UCAGAAACAGUUUGGACAACAUGUGGAGAGAGACAACAUUAUUGGUGGUACUGCUACUUCUAGUGCAUAAAAGUCAUGCUUGUCACCCUUCUUCCUGUGGAAAAAUAACCCACAUCAGCUAUCCAUUUCGAUUACGAGGCGACCCAGAAUACUGUGGUGACGAAAGGUAUGAGCUUGGUUGUGAGAAUAAUGUUACGGUGUUGUAUCUGAACUCUGAACAAUUCCAUGUUCAGGCAAUCAACUACGACAACUACACCGUGAGAGUGGUUGACCCUGCACUUCAACACCACAACUGCUCCUCCCUUCCUCUCCGUUCCCUCUCUCGCUCCAAUUUCUCUGAUACUUAUACGCAUCGCAUGGGUCCAUACCAAGCCGGUCUAGAUCCGGAUCGUAAUUGGGAAUCUCUGAGUUUCGAGCAUAUAGUGUUUCUGAACUGUAAGCAUUCAGUGAGAGAUAACAGCAAGUAUGUGGAGAGUGGUGAGUGCGUGAAGUGGGACUCGAAGGGCUAUGCAUAUGCAGUUACUGGAGACCUGAAAGCCGAGGACUUAGAAGUUGGGUGUGAUGUGAAGCUUGUUGCUCCCACAUCGUUGAGGACUAUGAAUAACCAUUCCUACGCUGCCAUUCACAGGACUCUCGCCUAUGGAUUUGAGAUUUCGUGGACAAAACUCGCCUGUCAGAAUCUUUGUCUACUCAACCGGUUCUGCUAUUUCGACUCUUCUAAGAAAAAGCUUCGAUGCGGGACUGGUAUUUUGGAUAUUCUGCUGGGAGUAUCUAGCAUACUCAGCUAUAUUGCAUGGACUUUGAUUUUAAGAGCUUUGAUAUUGGUGGUGGUGAUUGUUUUGCUUUUGGUAUGUAAAUGGAAGAAAAGACAUGCAUCAAUGUAUCAAAAUAUUGAAAAUUAUCUUGGACAAAAUAAUUUCGCACCUAUUCGAUACUCAUUUAGUGAUAUUAAGAAGAUGGCUGGAGGUUUUAAAGAGAAGUUAGGUGAAGGAGGAUUUGGCUAUGUCUUUAAGGGAAAGUUACGCAGUGGAUCUUAUGUGGCAAUCAAAACAUUAGGUAAAUCUAAAGGGAAUGGACAAGAUUUUAUCAAUGAAGUUGCAACCAUUGGAAAAAUACAUCAUCAAAAUGUGGUACAGUUAAUUGGGUUUUGUGUUCGUGGUUCAAAGCAUUAUCUCGUGUAUGAAUUCAUGUCAAAUGGAUCUCUCGAUAAGUUUAUUUUUUCAAAAGGUAGAAGUGUAAAUUUAACCUAUGAAAAAAUAUAUAAUAUAUCAAUUGGAGUGGCUCGUGGGAUUGCUUAUCUCCACCAUGGGUGUGAGAUGAAGAUUUUGCAUUUUGAUAUAAAACCUCACAACAUCCUACUAGAUGAAAACUUCCUCCCAAAGAUCUCGGACUUUGGAUUGGCAAAGUUAUAUUCAAUAAAUAAUAGCAUUGUCACCAUGACAGCAGCAAGAGGAACCAUUGGAUAUAUGGCUCCGGAAUUAUUUUAUAAUAACAUUGGAGGAAUAUCCAAUAAGGCUGAUGUUUAUAGCUUUGGAAUGCUUUUGAUGGAGAUGGCAAGCAAAAGGAAGAAUCUAAAUCCGCAUGCACAACACUCAAGUCAACUUUACUUUCCUCUUUGGAUUUAUGAUCACAUAAGAGAAGAGGAAAAUAUUGAAAUGGAAGAUAUGACAGAAGAUGAAAAAAAGAUAGUAAAGAAGAUGAUCAUAGUGGCCUUAUGGUGUAUACAAUUGAAACCAGACGAUCGUCCUUCAAUGAAUAGAGUGGUGAAAAUGCUUGAAGGAGACAUUGAAGACUUGGAAAUACCCCCAAAACCUAUUCUAUAUCCAGAUGAAACAGUGACAGAGGGUCAAACAAUCAACUCAUAUUCCUAAGUAGUUAGUGGAACUUGAAAAUUUUGUAAGAUUUGCUUUUAGUCUGAA